UUUACGAUACUGCAGAGUUUAGGACCAGAGGAAUAGAGGGGCGUCCAUUUAGAACGAAGAUGAGGAGGAAUUGUCUUGCGCCGGAGGUGGUGAACGCAUGAAAUCUGUAACCGCGGACAACCGGGGGAGCCAGGUCGCUGGGUGUAUUCAAAGCGGAGCCUGGUUUCUGACCUGAGAUGGACACGGUCGAAGUCAAGGACAUGUCUGAAUGUCCAUCGGGUGACAACCUGUGCGUGGUGCGCGCCUUCGAGUCGGAGAUCAUCAUCGUCCCGGUCCUCCUCAUCGCCGCCUCCUGCAUUGUGGGUGGGUGCAUACUAUGGAUGACCUGCCGGCAGAAGAAAGGGACACGACCUCCAGACUUCACAGAGACAGGGAGGCAAAUCUUGGAGCUCAGGCCGUCUAAUGCAGCUUCGUGCGGUCAGGCCCCGUCCGACCCAGAGCUGAGGCCUUGGCAGAUCCCUGCGGACAGGCUCGUCGGGGGCUUGAGGUGGAUCGCCCGCGGGCGUUACGGUGACAUCUUCCUGUGCCGGCUGGCGCCCGAGGGGCCUGGGAAGGAGAAGGCCGUCGUCGUCAAGGAGUUGCAGGAAUCGGCGAGUCCCGGCCUGGCCGAGCUGUUCCUGUCCCGCAUCCGGUUCCAGGCUGCCCUGGGCCACCACCCCCACCUGGUGCGAAUGGAGGGGUGCUGGACACAGCAGGGGACGGCCCGGCUGGUGAUGGAGGCCCUGGAGCCGGGCAACCUGCUCCACUUCCUCUGGCAGUGUCGCAAGGACAUGGUGACGAUGGAGGCAACUCCAUACGACCUGACAGAGAAACAGGUCUACAGCAUCGCAGAGCAAGUGGCCAGCGCCCUGGAAUUUCUCCACGCGAACGGACUCAUACACGGGAACGUGGGGGCAAGGAAUAUUCUCCUGGGAGAGAACCUCACCGCCAAGCUCUGUGGCCUCCACGUCCCCUUCAAGAUACAGACCACCGGGACGCCCCCCGCAGACCGGGGCGCCCCCCAGAAGUGGCAAUCCCCAGAGAGCCUCAUGAAGCAGACCCUCACCGGCAAGACCGAUGUCUGGUCUUUCGGGAUUUUACUCUUCGAGAUGAUAACGCUCGGCGCCCCUCCUUACGGAGAUCUCCCACCCAGCUCCGUCCUGCCAUUUCUCCAGAGGGGCCGUCGGAUCAGCCAGCCGGCGACGUGUCGCUCCUCGCUGUACAGGCUGAUGAGGCAGUGCUGGGACUGGAGGCCGGGGCUGCGGCCGAGCCUGCCCGAGCUCCGCCGCAGGCUGCAGGCGAACGGGAGGGCGGCCGACGACCGGCUGGUGCUGCGCGUCCCCCACCGCAUCCAGCCCGAGGCCUACGCCCUGGUCGCCGGCAUGCAGGCUCCGGCCUGGGGCCAGGACUACACCGUUUUCUGAGCGCACGGGGCGGGGGCAGAGAGAGAGGUGGGGUGAGAGAGAGGGAACGAGGGAGAGAGGGGGAAAAGGGAGAGAGAAUGAAAGGGGGAGAGACA